UAAUCAUUACACGUAGUGUUUCUACAUUGUAAGACGUUCUUAUUCUCUUAUUCUCGAAACUGAAAGGUGAUAUUUACGAUUUUGUUGAGUGUUAGAUCUUAAGAGACAUAUUCGGAAAAAUAUUGAGAAAAAAGGUGGGAUAGAAAUGGAUUCGGUCAAAAUAAUGCUUGCAUUUGUUCUGCUUUCUUAUUCAAUGAUUGUCAAUGGGACCCCUGUGGAUAAGUGUGCAUUGUUUUUAUGCUAUUUACCAAUCAAUUGUGACAAAUCGCCACCAGCUAAUGGACUAUGCUGUCCAAAAUGCAUGCAAAGCCAAGGAGGGCAACCUUGUAAAUAUGAAGUUGGCGAAGGUAGUGAUAAGAUUAAAGUAAACAUUCCGGACGGGCAGAGCAAAAAAGUAGACUGUAAUACAUGUACCUGCAGUGACGGCGUGCUUGCAUGUACCAAGAUUGGCUGUGUGGAACCUUGAGAAUAAAAUUCACCAUUGAUGUUAAGCACAAACGAACGAAUAAUAACUUUUAUUGUUAACACCUGUUGAAUCGAACUUUAAAUUAAAACUUUUAUCAUUGAA